GUGCCCGGGAGGCAGAUCUCUCUGAGGGGAAACUUGACGCUCUUUGGACCUUUGGAGAGGAGGACGAGCACAUCUCCACGCUUUUACGCAACGAGGAUCAGUAGAUGUAAGAGAAAACUCGGACGCUGUCAUUUUGUGAAGAUCCACCGACAGCAGCCACCACCAUGGACAGCGGAUCCAACCAAACCCUGGACCCGAGCUGCAUGCAGGAGCCGCCUCUCGCCAUAGACAUCAUCCUCAAGUUGGACAUCUUUGGCAUCAUUCUGUACUCUGUGCUCACCUUCAUGGCCGCAGCGUCCAUGCUGAUCUUCCUAGAGGAGUGUGUCUACAUCUAUAAGAAAGUGCCCAACAAUAAGAAGAGUGUAAUCAUCUGGGUGAAUGGGGCAGCACCGGUGAUUGGCACCAUGUCGUGUCUGGGGAUGUGGAUCCCCAGAGCCACAAUGUUUACUGAUAUGACCUCUGCUUGCUACUUUGCCGUUGUGGUGUUCAAGUUCCUGAUCCUGAUGGUGGAGGAGGUGGGUGGUGAUGAGGCUUUCCUGAAGCGAGGAGACCGGCAUAAACUUAAGAUCAGCACGGGGCCGUGCUGCUGCUGCUGCCUCUGCCUGCCACACGUGGCCAUCACACGACGCUCUCUCUUCCUGCUCAAACUUGGCUCCUUCCAGUUUGCCCUGCUGAAGAUUGUCUUCACCAUCCUUUCAAUUGUCCUCUGGAGAAACGAAUCAUUUAACCUGACUGAUUUGUCCAUUAAGGGAGCUUCUAUAUGGAUCGGCCCAUUUGUGGGCAUCUUGACAAUCAUAGCCCUGUGGCCUGUAGCAAUCAUGUUCAUGCACCUGAGGGUUACCCUGCGAACACUCAAGAUUAUCCCCAAGUACGCCAUGUAUCAGCUUGUGCUGAUCCUGAGCCAGCUGCAAACCGCUAUCAUCAACAUCUUGGCUAUGAAAGGAACCAUCGCCUGCGCUCCGCCCUUCUCCGCAGUAGCCAGAGGAUACAUGAUGAGUCAGCAGCUUUUGAUCCUGGAGAUGUUCAUCAUCACGCUGAUAACACGCCUGCUGUACCGCCGACAGUAUGAUCCUUUACCCGAAGAGGAAUACGAAGUCAACGAGAACACCAAGAUGGUUACAAUGUCCGUGUCUGCAUGAGAACUGUGUGUUUGUGUGCGUGUGUAAAUUCUAUUUUCUGCAUGUAAUGGUUCAAAGAUUUUAUAAGUCAAUAUGAAUAAAUGAAAUUAUGAGAUAUACCAAAA